AUGAGUCUCUUUGGGCAUUUAUUCAACUCCGUGACUUCGAGCAUUGCAUCUGCCUUUGUGUUCCACACACCGUCACCCUCAUAUGAUUUGAGAUCGUCAACCAGAGACCCCAACAGCCGCCAGGAGUUUUUUUUCAACGAUGAAGCGGAAUCGGUGUUUAGAGAAGAUGAGAGGAGUCGCCUCGAGGCGGGACUCACCCAUACUUCACGAGGAAAUAGAAUUGUAACUAUGUUUGUCCCAUGCUCCACUACUGUACAAAAGACCAUCUUCUUCUCGCACGGAAAUGGGGAGGAUCUCGGCCGCGUAGCUCACUUUUUGCUCAAACUGAGCGAUAAGUUCAAUUGCAAUGUCUUCAGCUACGACUACUCUGGGUUCGGCAGAAGCACCGGGAAGCCCUCAGAAGACGACCUUUACGCAGACAUCAAAGCGGCAUUCGAAGUUCUGUGGACAAAGUACGGAGUCCCAGAGGAAAAAGUCGUUCUAUACGGUAAAAGCCUAGGAACAGCACCAACUGCUCAAUUGGCUUCCAAGCUGAAGAAACUGCCAGGCGUUAUCCUCCACUCACCCUUAUCAUCUGGAUUGGGGAUGGUUCUCUCAGGCACUUGGUCCAUGGGUCCUUUCCCCGUAGCGGAAUUGGUGCCCCUCAUCGACUCGCCUGUGCUCGUCAUUCAUGGAACUCAGGAUGAAGUCAUUCCGCUAUCCCACGGGAAGACCGUGCAUGAGAGGUGUCGGAGAGCAGUGAGGCCACUCUGGGUCGAAGGGGCAGGACAUCUCAACGUACAUGAUUACUCUGAGUACUGGCAACGAGUAGAAUGCUUCCUUGCAGGAGAGCUCUCGUGA